AUGUUUUCUAUCCCAGUAUCAUCAAAAACUGUUCGUCUUAUACUUGUGUCAUUACUUCUAAUAACACUAAUAAAUAUAUUGGCUGCUUUCCAACGGUCAACUUUAUCAUCAUGGUUUCCUUCAUCACGUCAUAUUAUUAAUAAAUUCACUGAUUUACGAUUAGCAUUAUCAUCUCAAGAAUCGGUAUUAAGGGAUGAAGAAGGAGAAAUUUAUUCACUUGUUGGGUAUCAUCAUGAUUUUGAUUCAAAUUUAGUUGUUGUUCAAAAACAAUAUUUACUUGAAAAAACUCCAAAUGAAGAUACAACUGAACAUUUUUGGAAUUUUUUGCAAUCAAAUUUUGAAACCAAAUCUGAAUAUGAUUUAAAUUUAAUUGAUGGAUAUAAUUAUAAAAAAUUAAUUAAACAUCUAAAUGAACAAAAUGAAUUACAAUUGAGUCAUUCAUUUGUUGAACAAUAUAAAAUGGAAAAUCAAUUUAUUCAAUCUUUUCAAAAUUUUUUCGUUCAAUUAAUUGAUACCAUUGAAGAUUGUAAACCAGAUUUAGAUCCAAUAAAUAAUGAUAAUCAUUAUCCUAAUGGUGAUAAAAUCGUGAAAUAUUAUGAAUUAAGAAAUAAAAUCCCACUGGAAAAUAUGAAACAGUUUAAUAUUGAACGAUUAAUUCAUCGGAAUGGAAGAAUACCGAUUUAUGGUGGACAUUUACGUGAACAAUAUAAAGAUGAAUUAAUUAGAAAUAAAGAAUUCUUAUCAAUGUAUUUAACAUUAAGUGAUUCGGAAAUAUCAGCAUUGAAAAAAUCCCAUACAAAAUUUUUGGAAACGAUGAUGGAAAAUUGGCCAGAAAAUUUAUUUAAAUUUAAUAAAUUUAAUAAUUUCAUGAAAGGUGAUGGUAUUGUUUAUUUAGGUGGUGGGAAAUAUAAUCAAUUAGUACUUUUAUCAAUUAAAAUACUUCGAGAAAAUGGGUCACGAUUACCAGUAGAAGUAAUCAUCCCAUACAAGAACGAUUAUGAUAUUCAAUUUUGUGAUCGAGUUUUACCAACUUUAAAUGGGAAAUGUAAAUUAAUGACAGAUUAUUUACCUCAAACAUUUGUUGAUAAAAUUAGUGGAUUCCAAUUGAAAAAUAUUGCCCUUUUGAUAUCAUCAUUCGAAAGGAUUUUAUACCUUGAUGCUGAUAAUAUCCCCAUUAGAAAUCCUGAUGUUUUAUUUACUAAUGCACCAUUUACAACUAAACAUCUCGUUGUAUGGCCAGAUUUAUGGAGACGGUCUACAUCACCACAUUAUUAUACCAUUGCUGGUAUUGAAGUUGAUCCUAAUUUUAAAGUAAGAAAUUCUUAUGUUGAUGGAGAUGAAAGAGGUAAAUAUACUGAUUCAAUGUAUUAUUCUUAUCAUGAUUGUAAAGGAUCAAUCCCUGAAGCUAGUUCUGAAACUGGACAAUUAUUAAUCAAUAAAAAAAUUCAUUUCCAAACAUUAAUAUUAGCAAUGUAUUAUAAUUAUUAUGGACCAGAUUAUUAUUAUCCCCUUUUCAGUCAAGGAGCAGCUGGAGAAGGUGAUAAAGAAACAUUUAUUGCUGCUGCCCAUAAAUUAGAUUUACCUUAUUAUCAAGUGGGUGAAUUCAAUAGAGAAUUUGGUCCUAUUAAUGAUAAUACCCGAAAACAUGAAUUUUAUGGAAUGGGACAAUAUGAUCCUAUUAUAGAUUAUUAUAUGUCAACAAUAACAACAACUCAAAAAGAUACCAAAAAGAAAAUCAAUUAUAAUUCACCAUUACCAGAAAAAUAUGCCGCCAAUGAUGAAGAUGAUACUUGUUCCAAUUAUGAUUUCCAUUUAUUCCAAUCAUCAUCAUUAUUUUUCUUACAUGCAAAUUGGCCCAAAUAUUAUAUUGAAAAAUUAUUUUUAUAUAGUUAUGAUGAAGAUAGAGGUCCUGUAACCAAUGAUGGUGAUAAAAGACGAUUAUAUGGUAAUGAAUUGAAAAAAGAAUUAGGGGGAUAUGAUUUUGAAUUAAAUAUUAUGAAAAAUCUUCAUUGGUGUUUUUGUGAAGAACCAUUGAUUGAUUUAAUUGGUAUUCCUGUUGUUGGAUCAAAAACUAGAACAGAUGUUUGUAUUGCAAUUAAAAAUCAUAUAGAAUUUUUAGAAAUAUCAUAA